UGGUGCGCACCACAAACUGUUUGACAACCUGCGUUAGUAUUUUGGCGAGUUCGCCCAGUCGUUCACAAGUCGUCUUUUAGCAAAUUACCAGUACAGUGAAGAAACUACAUUUCUUUUGUUUUAGUAGCUUUUCGUGUCGCCGGUGGCCAGUCAUAGAGGAAACGCGAAUCUGCUUUCUAGCCGCUAACAACAACUAGGCUAGCUUCUUUACGCUAGCUCCUUUUUGUGCAACUCGAGCACCUGGACUAAUGCUCUGCUUCAAGCAUCUGGACUAAACUGUGACAGAGUGUCCAGCUUUUCUACUUGUGAGGAGACUCUGUUGCGAACAUGUCGAGACGAAGCAGGAACAAUUAUGUGUGGCACUGGCAAUACAGUUGGGAUGGGAUUCGACAGGACACCGAUGUCCGGGCCUUCGUGUUACCCUCUGAAGCCGAAGAGUGUGACCGAAUGUACAGUGAUUCGGAUUCAGAGGCAGACAUUUCUGGAGUGAUGAUUUCUAAGGUCCCCAGUGCAAUCCCUGUUACCGGAGAGUCGUACUGCAGCUGUGAUUCCCAGGCCGAGACCAGUUACAACCCUCGUAUUCGUGGAUUUCGCCAAAUCAAAGACUGCCACUGCGGAGAGGACGACCAAGAUUUUGACUGGGUUUGGGACACGAGCGGACGAUCAACAGCAACGUUGCUCAGCUGCGACAACCGCAAAGUGAGUUUCCACUCUGACUAUAGCUGUGGUACAGCAGCRGUCCGCGGCUCCAGGGAGCUGGUUGAAGGGCAGCACUUCUGGGAAAUUAAGAUGACGUCUCCAGUGUACGGAACAGAUAUGAUGGUUGGAGUUGGAACAUCUGAUGUGAAUCUAGACAAAUACAGGCACACGUUCUGCAGCUUGUUGGGGAAAGAUGCAGACAGCUGGGGCCUCUCUUACACUGGCUUGUUGCAUCAUAAAGGGAAGAAGAUGAACUUUUCUUCUUGUUUUGGACAAGGGUCCAUCAUUGGAGUUCAUCUGGAUACGUGGCACGGCACUCUGACUUUCUUCAAAAAUCGCAAGUGUUUAGGUGUCGCAGCCACGGAGCUACACCAUAGGAGGUUUUAUCCGAUGGCGUGCUCCACGGCCGCCAAAAGCAGCAUGAAGGUCAUCAGGUCGUGCUCGGCCCCCACCUCGCUGCUGUACCUCUGCUGCGCCCGCCUUCGCCGCCUGGURCCGGACUGCAUAGACACGCUCGACGCGUUGCCUCUGCCGCCGGGUCUGCGCCAGUUGCUGCAAAACAAACUGGGCUGGGUGCUCAGCCUGAACGGAGGCACCGCGGAAGAGAGCCCGGACAGGCCCGAGCCGUCCCUCCACCUACCCGCAACCCCCUUGGCCGGAUCGUCUCACUCCGAGAGCGACUCGGAGGGGUGUACGUCUGACCCCGAGGCCUGUCAGAGGAAACGGUGCCGCUGGACGUGACCGCUCCGCUCAGAGCCUCGUGUCUGUCCAAGCACUCCCAUCGUGGCUUCCAGUUUUGCAGGUCCUGCCAGCUUCGGCUGUGGAUGAAAACAUCUGGAGCUGAUGGAGYAGAGGCAGCUGCUGCCACAUCCUUGCCAGGACCUUAUCCUCACACAUCUUUAUAUUUAGCACACGUCACUGUCUGAACCUUUUCCUUCACAAGUGAAGCGUUUCAGUAACCAUCUUAGAUUGUUACCGUUGAUGUGUGGGAGGAAUGCAGGAAUGUUAACAUGCAGUGGAACACUGGCGUUAAGAAAGGCCAAAAUCUGGUGGUCGUGAUGGUAUAUUUGAAAAACGAGGGAUUUAAAAAAAGAAAAAUAAACUUUUAUGUCCUGUAUGCAAAAAUAAGUGGUGAUUUUAACCUAAAUGUUAUCAAUAUAUUACCAAAGUAGUGUUACUUGUUUUACUGACUUUUGUUAGUUAUCAGUGAGAAUCUGUUUUUUUUUUGUAAAUGUUGAUAAGAUAUGGAUUUAUAAAAACAGUCACCUAAAUGUUACAACCCAGUAAUAAAAACCAGAAUGCACUUUGUAUCGUUUUGUCUUCUGCUGACAAGAAAUGUUUCUUAUUGUCUGUUAUAAAACAAACAAAAAAAUAUUAAUAAUCUGUAAGUAAAACCUCUGAUUGCUUCAAAUCUAAUGUUUUUGUUUUUUCUAGUGGUUUAUUUUAAUUUUGACAAAAGCAUUUCACUUUCAAGCAACUAUUCAUUGCUCUUAAUGUUCUUUUUUGUUUUCUUUAAUAAAAAGYGAUUUUCUAUGCCAAGACUUUUAAUGCUAACCUUUUAUUUUUUGUGUGUACUUAUGUUCAUUCAAACAUGUUUUAACAAAAUUUUACAUACAUUUUUAACAGAUUCUUUGCAUUAUGCUUUUAUUCUGAAACUUUUUAUAUAGGUUGCAAACAGAAAAUAAGUUGCAUGUUGGUGAAACAGUUCUGUGGUCCCAAUCCACUCCUCAUGCAGUUUGUAUUUGAGCUGUUUUUAUUUUUCCUUUCUUUAAACUAUGGCUGUACAGUUGCAGGGGAGAAAGAAAAAAAAUCUGAACAUUUUGGUAUUUUCAGGACUUGUAAAUAAAUCUCAUGAUUAAAUUCA